UCGGUGGAAGUUCUUGCGAUUGAUAGAGGGACUAAGAGAGAGGGACAGAGCGAGGUCGACGAAGGUAAUCGGUAGCAUCAGCCUGCGUGCCUCGACAAAACCGAUUAAAGACGAGCGAGCAACGAUCCUUUCGCCUCCUUUGUCGCUAAUUCACCGUCGUCGUAGCCUUUUCGUUCGGUUAUCGUCUGCUCGACCGAUCUUCAGCCAGGAUCAUUCGCAGUGUAACGAGUACCCUCGGCGAUAUCGGGUACAGGAAGCCUCGACGAUCCAGUCGGUCGUUUGCAUUCAGGAUCCAUCGCACGUCGCCUCGAUGCUACCUCGUAAACCAAUUCCGUGGUUUCCUAUCUUCGCCAACAAGCCGUUCUGACUGGCGCGCGUCGAUCUUCUCGGUUCGCGUCGACGAGAGGCACCAUCGUCCGUCGAUCGGUUCCUCGUCGAGGAUCGGAGUUUGCCGCGCUAGAACCGCUGCCAGGGCGGUCCGCAAUAAUGCGAGAGUAUCGAAAACGCGGCACAUGGACGAUAACGGCGGGCCAGUGGCUGUAUCCUCAGUGUUUCGAGAGAAUCGUCUUCGAACGGAGCAUGUGUCCGGGGCAAAAGUAGCCGAAGAUGAGGUGGACUCGCAUCCUGUGACUCUGCUCAUAUACUUUACGGCCCAUCCAAUAGUGUCCCGUGCUUUUCGUUCGGUCGGUCGAACGACGACCACGACCACCACCACGACAACGAGAACGUGCAACACUCGCGAAAUCUAGCAAUAAUCUAGGAACGAAAGAACGAGGCGCAGAACGAGGCGCAGAACGGGAAGCAGCGACAGCGAAGGAAGAAAAAGGAGAAGAGGAAAAAAGAGGCGAGCAAGAAGCGACGAGAGGGAAGACGGGGCAAGAGAAAGUGAAAGAGAUAUCGAGAUAAAAGCGCGGAGGAAGUGGCGCGCAGAUAAGAAGGAGGGCUGGGAAAGGAGCGUGGAUGAGACCGUCAUGCCCGCUGAGAUCGACACGGGCGGGCCAAGGGUGCUGCACUGUGAUUACCGUGCCGACUGCCCGAUACCGAUCGUAGUACCGUCAGCUUCCACCGAGUCUUCCUUGUGCCGCGAGAAUAGAGUUGUCGGAACGUCGAUCGCACCACGACAUCCGCGAAUCCACGAGAACGAAUCGUUGGACAAUAAAGCUCGCGAGUCCCGUCGUUGGUCCGAUUUCGUCUCUACUCGUCCAACCGGAGGCACGUCCGCUCGUUCCGUAUACAGAGCUUUCCGUCGAGCUACUCGAGUCGUCCAACAGCAGCAGCAGCAGCAGCAGCAUCCGCAGCCCAAUGACUCGUUGUCGCGUGCGAUCGAAUCCGAGGACACGGAUUAUCAUCGAGGUGCUUGCCGUCCGGUGCAACCGGAAUCACGACUCGCCAACGCGACUGUCCACCGGUCGUCGAUCGAUGGAGAUGCAGCAACGAUAAUCGAGGCACGAUCGGAGCACGAAACGAAGCCAACACUCGAGACGAGGAUUCCAGUGCCUUCGAGAAAACGAGAAAACGACAGGGACGAAAGUCCAAGUUGGCACCGACACGGCCAUCCGAUAGAAGGAAGUUGCUGCGCGAAAGGUUGCGACGCUACGUCGACGACGGCUCGCAAUUUGCCGUCGCGAUUUCGCGUGGCGGACAGUGUCCGAAGAGGGAAAGCGGCAACGGCAGCAGCCACGCAGUUCUCUAGUCACUCGAGCGACCCUUCGAGAUCCGAUCGGACGACGUACGAGAAGCUCGUCACGGCAGCCACGCUUCCGUCCUUGGCCGAUGAAACGUGGAAGGAAGUGGACGCGACGAAUUCCUCGAGUAGCGAGUCGCGCGUCGCCAAGGUCGUGGCGAGUGCCGAUCGGCAGACCGACUUUCCUUCGUUCGACCACCAAGAGUCCUUGACGAGAAGUGACCGUAGAACGAGGAAGAAGAGACGCGAGUGCCCUAACAACCGUUCCACGUACAUUCAGUUAGCGUUACUGCUCUUCCUCGUCGCGUUCGGACAGUGCGCACUUCGUAAAUCCAGUGUGAAGUUUAACUACAGUGCGAAACCGAGUACCACCGGGUUGAGUGUGUUGGCGAUUGGCACAGUUAUCAGUGCAGUGAGUGCCGCGCCGGUUGAUUUAAUGGGUGACGCCGGCGUGAGGGCAGAACGAUCCGCCAAUUUGUCGCACAUCACCGGCGCUUCCAGGAAAAUCCAGAUGUACAUCAAGAAUCGGCAUUUGCAGAUUCUGCCAGAUGGCACGGUGAACGGUUCCAACGACGACACUUCGGAUUACACGAUAUUUCAACGAACGUCCGUGUCCAGGGGUCAGCUGAGGAUCCAAGGUGUCGCGACCUGCCUGUACCUGUGCAUGGAUUCCUGUGGUCUUCUUUACGGCUCGCGCGAGUACACAGACGACUGCGUGUUCAACGAGACCCUGGAGCAACACAACUACAACACCUACAGCUCGACGAAAUGGUCGACGGCGAAGAAGACGCUUUACCUCGGACUGAACCGCCGUGGCCAGCCGAGGAGGGUACAGGCCAAGGGUCACAACCUGGGCAGACUGUCCGCCUACGCGCGGGUAUUGACACAGGUCGCACCUCUGGAACGGGUGGAGGCGCUUCAAAGGCGGAUGCUGGGCGCCCAACACAACGUUCGUCAUCGACACAACAGCCACCGCGGCGACUUGAUACAGCAGUCGCUCUGCCCCACUCUUCCGGUGCAGGAAAAGGACGGCAGGGACAAAUUCAGGUGUCGCAAGCGAAAGAAGAGAAAGAAGAGGAAGCGGAGGUGCAGACCGGGCGAAAAGCCGGGUCCGCAGUGUCAAGCGGCGGAGGAGAGUGGCGCGAUGGUCCCGGCUAGAAACGAGGGUGUAGCUCCGAACGGGACUUCCCCGGAGUCGAAGAGAUCCUGCGAGGGCGCAGCGAGCGACGAAGCCUGUCGAAGAGAGGCCCUCUUGGUGCCGUCUAAGAAACGGAAGCUGCGGGUCGAGGUGGCGGCCGAUGGUGGAGGAUCAUCGUCGGCUGGCGGCAGGAACAUCACCGCGAGCAGCAACGGUAAGAGCAAAGCACCAGCGUCAAACGCAAAAAAAGUAAACGCCGCUGGCAGCAUGAGUCAAAGUAAAAAGCCUAAUUUGACGGACGGGAAGAAGAAAAAGAAGAAGGGGCCAGCAGCGAGGAGGAACUCAGCGGUACCUCUGGCCCGGAAGAGGUUCACGCCUGGCAGAGUGGACAACACGUCUGCGGUGCUCACGGCAACUUCCGCAUCGACCUCCUUAACGUCCUCCUCCUCUUGGUGGUCUCCUGGUGCGUCAAUCGCCCCUUCAGGGAGAGGAGUCUCGCCUAGGCGCAGGGCCAAGCCGUCUUCCUCGUCGAGGAACGCGCACGUUGGUUCGAACGCCGCCGGUACCGUGAGUCCUCGUAGAGUAGGAAAAGCGUUCGGGAAGAAUCGUACGAAAACGAUAGACCGAGUGACCGUCGCGAGCACGUUCGAGACGACCACCGCUACCACCGUCACCGUUAUGCUCGAUCGCAACGCCACCCGAUCGGUCACCGUCAAAGUUCCUCAGACCGUUUCCGACCUGAGACCUGUCCGCGACCCGAGCCCGUCUUCCGUCGAAAUGCCAGAGAUCCCGGAGGAAGACACCUCGAGAUCUUUGUCCGAAUCCUUGUCCAUCGACGAGGACCCGUCUUCGACCCUCUCGAGCGAGCACGCGACCACCACCAUCGACUCGACCUUUGCCAGCUCGAUCGAAAUCGGCGGCGCGUCGACCACGCUCAGGCUGGUCGAGGAGGAGAACAACAAGUCGAUCGAGGAGGUCGACGAUGCAGACGGCAGCGAGAGGUUCGACACACCGGAAUCCACGCUGUCGACCACCCCUGGGAUCCCGGCAGACAGACUGGCCAUGUGAGGCACACGCGAUCUCCAUCGGGGCCGGGCUCGUUCGCGACCCGCGGGUACCAUUGUAAACUUACGUGUACAUAGUAAUCAUACUACGUUACGAUUAACCACAUACUCCACAUUCAUGUAUGACGAUUGCGUGCGCAUGAAACGUUCCGCGCAGAGGGCUCUCGGUGCUUCGACCCGCGAGCGGCAUCGGAUCGAAGGGAACCGAGAUCGAGACGUUUCUUUUCAACGAGAGCGAGUAAUCAGUGGUAGAUGCUCCGAGUUUCGUGCCUCGAGGUGUCAGCCUCUCGCGGAUAAAUGGCCCCUCGCGUCAUAAAUUACCAGCCGUAGUCAUCCUCAAACUUAUCGAUUCGAAACGAUUACUCGCCAUUAUUAUUCCUAGACAGCCACGGUCUAGGCGUCUAUCCUGAAAACGUGACGAAAAAUCGGAGAAUCUAAAUCGCUGGAACGAAGCUUCGUCGAGCUGUCGAGUCCAUAGCCGAACCGGUAUCGUUCCAACCUCCUCGAUUCAAAAUUAUUAAACGUCAUCGACGUUUCUAGCCAACGACGUUGGAUUCUAACCUAGAAACACGAACCCCGGAUAAACUCCAAAGCUCAACAAAUUAAAAUCAUCGCUAUGCAAGGCACAAUGCCAGUGUUCGUUGAAUCGCUAACAACCUGGCACUGUUUGCGACAAACUCCAUUGUGGAGGAAGAGCAACUGACUUGGAAGAACCCCUAGACACCUGUCGAGGCGGCAUCCGCUUGUCUCUCGAGACCCAAUUCCCUUCUUUCCCGAGUCGCUUUCCCGACGCAGAAGAAUGGCGCGUGGUUGACUCGGACGCGCGAGGACUGUGGAACAUGGAGCGAGCCGUAGGGCCUGGUGGAUGGUACGACACGAGGUAGCCGGUGAAGAGAUUGGUCUGGCUGUUCUGGAAGAUCGUAAUUACGGAAAAGGGACGCACGAGGCGGCGGCAGCCUUGUAACGAGCACGAAACUCGAGUUUUAAUCCUCCACCGACUCGCGAGUGAACGGAGACUACGAGCUCCCCGAUCGCUCGCGAGUGUAGUCAGUGAUCUAAUUACGCGUACGACCAACCGUGUACGCGCGGUUCCGGGGCUAUUUUCUCGGAUGGCAGUCUCUCGAGGAACUCAUUUCUAUUCCCCGUAACUCGAUGAAAACGUCCGAUCGGAUCGGUGGCGCGCAAACGAAUGAAUUUCUUGAUCAGCCGCGACCGUUACUCGAUCAUACGACUUCCGUUCUCCCUAAUGAGCGAACCACCGACGAGACACGCGAAUAUCCCGUGUCGUAAUGCCCGCGGCCAAAUAUUAAUUACGCUAAUCGCUGAAACGCGCGCUCGUUACAGCGACACGCCUCGUCAACGUCGCGGCCAUCCAGACCCGGUCUCUAUCCCGAGCGUUUUCAUCAUCCUCGUCAUCCCGGUGAGCGUAUAUCGGGCAGAGUAUCAUCCGUACGUAGAGCGUGUCCCUCUCGUCUCGACGCCACUCGUGGACAACGACUUCCGUCUCCGUCUCUCUGUCUCUCUGGCUCGACCCUAGGACUCGGCUAUGAGAUGACACCCUGUACGUUAUCCACGAUGCCCUAAUUAGACACGGCGAGCAGAUGGCUCGCGAUUAGAGACGUAAUGGCGGUGUAUUAGACCUGGAACACGGG